AUGGCAUUACAGUAUAUUGCAUCUGAGGGCAGUAAAAGAGUUGAAGAUAUUGCAUGCCGCUACUUUUACGAGUUACAGAGGAUGUCAUUCUUUGAGAAAUUCUGGGAUGGAACAUUCAUUAUGCAUGAUUUGAUAUACAAUCUUUCAGAGUUGAUGUCUGAAGGAGAAUGCAUUUCUAUUCAGGGAGACAUGGACACUAUUUCUGAUCAUGUUUGUCAUUUACAUGUGUUGAGCUGCAAGAGAACACAUAAAUCCUCCUUUCUUGAAGUAAAGAAGAACUUGCGGACUUUCUUUUGUCAAAGUUUAGAUGGUACACUGCCCAAAUUUCUGAAAAUUCCAUCAGACAUGACAAUGCAAUAUUUGAGGGCCUUGGUGUUGAAAGUCCAUGGUGACUCUGGAGACUUCACAACAAAUCAGGAAGCAACCUUGAAACAAAGCAAAGCAUCAUCAAUUAUGUAUUCAAGGUUCAUUCACCUACGCCACCUUCAAAUUUGUGAUAAGUCCAUUAUAAUCCUGCCUACAUCUGUGUGCCAACUUUAUAACCUCCAAACACUGAUUUUGAAUAAAUGCUUUAUGUUAAGAGAAUUGCCAAAAGAAUUAGGAAAUCUCUUGAAUCUGCAAUGUCUAGCAAUUUCUGAAUCUAGCAUCAAAAGGUUGCCUGAGUCUGUUUCUCAGCUGUUCAACUUAGAAUCCUUGAUAUUGGAUUACUGCAGAAACUUCACCGACCUUCCCUUCAGAAUUCAAAACCUCACCAAUCUUCAUUAUGUUGGGCUUUCUGGAACAAGCGUCGGGGGUCUGCAUGAAUCUAUUUCUGACCUACAGAAACUGUCAAUCUUGAAGUUAAACGAUUGCAAAAUGUUUAUGGAGUUACCAAAUAGUAUUAGGUAUCUUACUAACCUCCAGUCCAUUCAAAUUACUCAUGCAAAACUCCAAAGACUUCCUGAAUCAGUUUGUCACUUGCCCAAACUUCGACUGUUAGAUCUUUCCCAUAGUAUGGUUGUAGAGUUACCAAGUGGCAUAGGUGAACUUGUUGAGUUAGGUUAUCUUGGAGUAUCCCAUACAAACAUUUGUGAUCUUCCUGAAUCAUUGUGUCAACUAUCAAGUCUACAUACUCUGAAGUUGAAUGGUUGCAGAAAUCUCUCUAACUUACCUAGUGGAAUUGGAGCAUUGAAGAACCUCCAUAACCUUAUACUCUCUGGAACAGAUAUCGAAGAAUUACCUGUAUCACUUUGUCAAUUAUGGAACUUGCAAACCCUAGAGUUAGAUGGAUGUACAAGAUUUUUCAGAAUACCCAGUCAUAUUGGAGAUCUUACUAACCUGUGCCGCAUUAAACUCUCAGAUACUGCAGUAACAGAAUUGCCUUCAUCCUUAUGUCAGCUGCCUAACUUGCAAAUGCUGGACUUGAAUGGUUGCCACAAGCUUUCUCAGUUACCCAGUGGCAUUGGGAACCUUUCAAAUCUCUAUCAACUUGAAAUUACAGAGACAAGUAUCCGGGAGUUACCUAAAUCAUUAUGUCAGCUUUCUCAGCUAAGAAAAUUGAAUCUGAAUGGUAAUAGCAAUCUUCAAGAGUUACCCAGCAAUAUUGAAAACCUUGUGAACCUUCGCCAACUUGAACUGUCUGAAGUCGGAAUUGAGGUGCUUCCCAAGAGCAUUGCACACUUGUCAAAAUUGUAUAAGUUGAGUUUUGAAUAUCAGCAGACACCUAUUGCUAGUUACCUGUGA